AUGGACAAGAUGACGUUUCUUUGUUUGCUUUAUACCACGUUACUGAUAAUCCCAAGACCAAUUUUAGGAUUAUCUGUAGCUAAAACUAAGGUUGAAGAGGAAAAGCGUCAGGCGCAAGCAUUACUACCACUAGCAUCAUACGCAGGAUUAUCGGUAGCAGUGCCAGUUUUUCUUGCCUUAGUAGCAGCUUAUGGGGUUUAUGCUGUUGUCAAAUAUGGAAUAAAGUCAGACCAUGACAGUCAUUCCUGUGCCAAUAAUAGAGGAUGGUGUAGAGCUAUAUGUUUCGAUCACGAAGUGGUGGAUCAUUAUCAUAGUGAUAUUUGUGGCGCAUACAAAUGCUGUCGCUCUACACAUAUUUAA